AGGCCAGAAGCUCGAGCCAGCGGGGCUUGCACCUUACUUUUUCACGCCGAGCUCUGGAAAUCAUGCUUGUAAAGUGCGAAAACAUCCGGGAUGCUGUGAAGUCUCUUAUUGCCGGUUUCUGGAUCACUUUUAGCGUCUGUUCCGUAGGUGUUCACGGCCAGGAGGGUAAUGGCUGUGGACAUUCCCUUCUGGGCACAGAGUCGGGCACAUUGGCCUCUCAGAACUACCCCGGCACGUACCCCAGUAACACCUGGUGUGAAUGGAGGCUGCGGGUGCCAGAGGGGCGCACGCUGCGGCUGCUGUUUGGGGAUUUCGACAUCGAGAGCAGUCCAGACUGCAGGAAUGGCUCUCUGGUCAUCACAGACAAGAGCGGAGAGCUCACUCUGGGUCCAGUGUGUGGGAAGCUCGAUGCAUCACAGAAGAAUGUGACACUUAAAAGCAAUGAAGUGACGAUAACCUUCAAGUCAGGCCCUCAUCGCUCCGGGCGAGGGUUCCUCCUGUCCUAUGCCACUGACCAGUAUCCAGAUCUAAUUUCCUGUUUAAAACGAGGAUCUCAUUCUAGCACACAUCUUUUGAGUGUGUACUGCCCCGCUGGAUGUAAGGAUGUCACAGGGGAUGUUUGGGGAAACUCGGAAAAGGGUUACAGAGAUACCUCAGUCCUGUGCAAGACUGCAGUCCAUGCUGGAGCUGCGUCUGACACUCUGGGAGGGCGAGUCACUGUGAACCGAGGGAGGAGUCUUACACUUUAUGAAUCAACCUUUUCCAAUGGAAUCCUUUCAAAAACGGGAUCAUUAUCUGAAAAGAAGUUGCUCUUCAGUCAAGAAUGCAACAACAUCCUGAGUGUCUCCGGUUUAAAUGCCUCAUCUUUCUGGGAUAAAAACAGUCGAGAGCACACACUGUUCUGGUCCUCAUCAAACAUGGUUUCUAGCCAUGAGUCCCUGCACUGGGCAGCGGACGGUAACGACCCGAACCCAUGGGUGGAGCUGGGGCUGAGUGAUAGAAGCACCAUCACAGGAAUAAUAACAACGGGAUCAAACGGAUACUACAUAGAAUCCUUCAGUCUUUUUUUCAGCAAGGACAGGAAAACUUGGAAGCUUUACAAAGGUGCUCUCAGCAAAGAAAAAAAGGUGUUUCAGGCCUACACUGACGGCCAUCACACAGUCCUCAACAGUUUCUUCCCUCCUGUGGUGGCUCGGUUUUUCCGGCUGCAGCCGCUGAGCUGGCAGGGUCGCGCUUCCGUUCAGGUGCAGGUCCUGGGCUGUCCCGUUGACAAGGCCACCCCAAGGUCACGCCCACCUACUGCAGAAUUUCCACCCAUCAAAGUUAAUAUGGGCACACCGCGGCCCACCCUCCCCCCGACCCCUACAGAGGGCCCAGUGUUAGUGGAGACAAGACUAAGCUCCAGCCAGCCGGUGAUAGUGGCCGUGGGAGUGGUGCUGGGGCUGAUAAUGUGCGGCAGUUGUUUGAUGGCUGGGGUCUGGUGGAAGCGAAGGAAAAAGGAUUCACAGCUGAAGUACUCCUUACCCACCACAGGUUGUCAGAGUUUCCAGGCUAAGAGUCUCUCCUGCCCACAAUCAGAGCUCAUCUCUUACCCUCUGGAGAGAAACGUCCAUGAUGCUCUACCUAGCCCUCCUCUUAAUGACUAUGCAGACCCUGCUCUCCGCCCCGGGCUUAGGGGCUAUGGUGUGGGAGGCCUAGACCCCUACUCAAGAGCCCAGGGAGCCUCAGAGCUGAAGCUAUUUUAA